CUUUAAUGAAAUGUGUUUUAAGUUCUAAAUGUAAGGAAAAUGCUUUACUUGCUUUGUUAAUGUAUGUUGAAAUGAUGUGUAAAGGGUUAGAUUUGGAUAAAUACACGUACCCUCUUGUUAUAAAGGCGUGUGUAGAGUUACGUGAGCUGAGAUAUGGCAGAUUGGUUCAUGCCCAUGUGAUAAAAAAUGGGUUUGUGUUGGAUUUGUAUGUAGUGAACAAUUUGAUGCGUUUGUAUGGUGUUUGUGGGUGUGUUGGGAGUGUAAGGAAGGUGUUUGAUAGAAGUUCUGUGAGAGACUUGGUAUCUUGGACUAUUUUGAUUCAGGGGUAUGUGGACAAUGGUUAUUGGAAGGAAGGAGUGGAUUUGUUUUUUGAGAUGGUAGACGACGGGUUAAGGGCUGACGAGAGGAUGAUGGUUGUUGUGAUAUCUGCUUGUGCAAAAUUAGGGGAUUUGAGAUUGGGACAGAAGUUGCACAAGUAUGUGCAGAGUCGUAAGUUGAGUUUCGAUGUGUUUCUUGGGAAUGCAUUGGUCGAUAUGUACUUGAAAUGUGGUGAACGCGAUGUUGCUCUUAAUGUUUUCAGAGAGAUGCCGAUGAGAAAUGUGAUCUCUUGGAAUACAGUAAUAUCUGGAUUGGCUCAAAGAAAGGAGUUUAAACAGGCCUUGAGUGUGUUUAAUGAAAUGCAGGAUCAAGGAGUAAAGCCUGAUGAGAAUACUUUAGUUGGUGUUCUAAACUGUUGUAGCAAUUUAGGGGCGCUAGAAGUUGGGAAAUGGGUGCACACAUAUAUAGAUAGAAAUCGGAUACAAGUAGCUGGGUUUGUGGGCAAUGCUCUUGUAGAUAUGUAUGCAAAGUGUGGAAGCAUGGACGAUGCCCUUAGAGUUUUUGGAAGUAUGACUACUAAAGAUGUUUAUUCAUACACAUCCGUUAUAGUUGGUUCGGCCACACAUGGAAAGGCACGGAUGGCACUUAAGUUUUUCUAUGAGAUGCUUGAUAAUGGUAUACAACCAAAUGAAGUCACAUUUGUAGGUGUUCUCACAGCUUGCAGUCAUGGAGGACUGGUGGAAGAGGGUCACAAGUUCUUUACAGAUAUGUGGAGAGUGCACAAGUUAAAACCUCGAAUAGAGCAUUAUGGCUGUAUGGUUGAUCUGUUGGGUCGUGCAGGUUUGAUAGAUGAAGCAAUGGAGCUUGUGAAACACAUGUCAAUUGAACCUGAUGCUUCUAUUUGGGGAUCGAUAUUAGCAGCAUGUAGGAUCCAAGGAAAAGUUGAUCUCGCUGAGCAUGUGACUGAGAUACUUGUCAAUAUGGAGUCUGAAAAAGAUGGUACAUACAUACUGAUGUCAAACACAUAUGCUUCAGUCAGUAAAUGGAAAGAUGCUUUAGAAGUAAGAAAAGCAAUGAAGAGACAGAAAAUAAAGAAAGUCCCUGGAUGUAGCUCCAUUGAACUUGAUGGUGUUGUUUCCGAAUUUAGGAGAUGCGACAAAGCCCAUCCACGAAGUAAAGACAUAUAUGUGAUGGUUGAGCAAUUGACAUUUCAUCUAAUUGGUACAGAGGCCUCAUCAGACGGAAGUGAGUAUUGCAUAGUUUGA